AAUGCCACAUACCAGUGUUUGAUCAAAUCACAUGAGCUCAAGACAAUUGCCAAUCAAAUUAAUACCAAAAAAAUGGAACGAGGCUUUCCUCUGUUGUCCUUUGUUUGCAUUGGCUUUCUCGUGGUGAGUGCGGUUGCUAGAGAUGUGAGGAAGAGCGAGAAUGACGACCAAAAGAACCUAGGAUUUGGUAAGGGAGGUGGCUUCGGGGGUGGCUUCGGUGGAGGCGCUGGAGGUGGCGGUGGUUUUGGUGGUGGGGGUGGAUUCGGUGGUGGUGGAGGUGCCGGUGGAGGUGCCGGUGGAGGUGUCGGUGGGGGCGCAGGAGGCGGGUUUGGGAAGGGUGGCGGGUUAGGAGGUGGGAUUGGUAAGGGCGGUGGGAUUGGCGGAGGUGCUGGGGGCGGCAUUGGACAUGGUGGUGGAAUAGGGAAAGGUGGUGGCUUUGGCGGUGGCAUUGGUAAGGGUGGUGGACUCGGUGGUGGUGCUGGAGGAGGCUUCGGAAAGGGUGGCGGAGCCGGUGUUGGUGCCAAAGGAGGCUUCGGGAAAGGCGGGGGAGCAGGUGGUGGCGCCGGAGGAGGCUUCGGGAAAGGUGGUGGAGCGGGUGCUGGUGCCGGAGGUGGUUUCGGGAAAGGUGGAGGCGUUGGUGGUGGCAUUGGGAAGGGUGGCGGAGUAGGUGGUGGUGCUGGGGGUGGCAUUGGGAAGGGAGGUGGAGUAGGAGGAGGCAUCGGGAAGGGUGGUGGUCUUGGAGGAGGAGCUGGUGGAGGAGGUGGCAGUGGAAUUGGUGGAGGAAUCGGCAAAGGUGGCGGACUUGGAGGUGGUGCUGGUGGUGGAUUUGGCAAGGGAGGUGGCCUUGGUGGUGGUGUAGGCGGAGGCUUUGGGAAAGGGGGAGGAAUUGGAGGCGGCAUUGGGAAGGGUGGUGGCUUCGGUGGUGGAGUGGGUGGCGGAUCUGGUGGAGGAGUCGGUGGAGGCUUUGGUAAAGGAGGAGGUUUCGGUGGUGGAAUGGGAGGCGGUUCUGGGGGUGGCUUUGGUGGUGGUGGAGGUGGAGGUGGAGGUGGAGGUGGAGGUGGAGGGGGAGGGGGAGGUGCAGGCGGCGGAUUCGGCAGUGGAGGUGGUCUUGGAGGCGGCGGCAUUGGACACCGCUGAAGACCAUCGAUCAUCACACGUUGCAUGCAUGGCCUCACCUGAUAAGUUGUUAAAACUGUCGCAAGAUUGCUGGAAACUAAUAAUCUUUGAUGUAAUUUAUGUUUUCCGUCGUCCCUAGAAAGUCAAAGUACCCACUGUAUCUUCUUUUUUAUUUUUAUUUUUUAACUUUUAGGUUUUUCAUUUUUAUGCUCGUGGGGGGGAUGAAAUUGAGAUUUCAAGUUGCGCUGUAUUUAUUUUAUUACUAAGGUAAGGACGUCUAAUUGGUCUCUAUUUAACAAA